AUGCAGUUCCUCAGUCACUGGGACCUUCUCCUCAUCAAAACAGCUCUUGGUGGACUAUCAGCUCUAUAUAUAGGAUCAAAAGUCCAGCAAGCUCUGCGUGUCCAGAACCUGGCCACAAGCAUCAGUCCUCACUUCAUCACAUCAAUCAAGUCAGACACCGGUCCAUCGCUCGCCUCAACCCGCAGUUUAAGAAAGAGGUUGGAGCAGACAGGAAAAAGAUGCAUUAUCUUCUAUGGCACUCAGACUGGGACGGCCGAGAAAUUCGCAUUGAUCAUGGCAAGAGAGCUGACUGCACGAUACAAUUUACCAAGCAUGAUUGCAGACCUUGACGACUACGAUUUCGUUGAUUUGGCAUCGAUGGAAUCGAACCUCCUGGCUAUCUUCAUACUUGCCACCUAUGGAGAAGGUGGCCCAACAGACAACGCUGUCUCAUUUGGGAAUUUCCUCAAACAGCAAAAUGCCCAGAGAGGCGCUACAGGUGAAAAGUCCAUGUCGUCGCUACGCUAUGCAGCUUUUGGUCUUGGGAGCAGCUCUUAUCAAUAUUUCAACCUCAUGAUUACCAAAGUGGACGAAACUUUGCAAGAGUGUGGAGCAAUGAGAGUUGGCUCGCUUGGACGCGGUGAUGACGGAAAAGGCACUUUGGAGGCUGAUUUCAUAAACUGGAAAGAGGCAACCUUAAACGACAUCGCCACUGACUUUGCCCUCGAGCAGGUCGAAUACCACUUUAAACCCAACUUUAAUGUCCAAGAAGCAUCGAGCAGCGAAAUUUCGGAUACAUUUCUCGGCGAGCCGAACAAAAAUCAUCUGAACGGCAAACUCUGCGGGCCAUUUACAGCUCGAAAUCCCUACCCAGCAAGAAUUGUGGAAGCAAGGGAGCUGUUCACAUCACCUAUACGCAAUUCCUUACAUUUGGAAUUUGACGUGUCAGAUUCUACAAUUACAUAUGAAACGGGAGAUCAUUUAGCAAUCUGGCCUGUCAAUUCCGACUUGGAGGUGGAGCGUUUCCUUAAAGCUCUCGACUUAUUCGACAAAAGAGACACAAUUAUCAACAUCACAAGUAACGACCCCACCAAUCAAGUCCCUAUUCCACCCAAAACGACAUACGCUGCAGCAGCAAGGUAUUACUUGGAUAUCUGCGCUCCCGUUUCGAGACAUACACUUACCAUUCUCGCAACUCUUACAGCUGGUCCAGAUCAGCAAGUUCUCCAACGACUAGCUAGCGACUCGCAACUAUUUCAAAGCGAGAUAAGUGACAAGUUGCUCAACCUUGCACAGACGUUGGAUAUGGCUGGAGCCACCGCAAGUUGUCUAGCCGUGGGAUUUUCUUUUUUCCUGGAAAACAUCCCGAAACUCCAGCCGCGAUACUACUCUAUUUCGUCCUCAUCACUGGUUUCGAGCAAGAGAAUUUGCGUCACCGCUGUCGUUAAUUCAUCUACUACUACGGGGUCGUGUUCUCCAUUCAAAGGCGUCUCAACGAACUACCUUCUCGCGAUCAAGAAUGAAGCUUGCGGUUCGCUGACGGAGAGCACUACUAUCCCAACACAUCGACUUGGCGGCCCUCGUGACAAACAUCACCUCCCCACCGCACUAAUCCACGUCAGACGAUCCAGGUUUCGGCUCCCCACCAAUCCAAGCACCCCAGUUAUCAUGGUUGGUCCAGGGACGGGGGUGGCCCCAUUUCGCGGCUUCGUUCACGAAAGAGCGUACCAGGCUCGUGCCGGGCGAAACGUAGGUCGAACAGUAUUAUUCUACGGCUGUCGAAAAAAAGACGAGGAUUUUCUGUACAAAGAUGAAUGGGAGAGUCACUCUUCCUCUUUCAAGAAAGGCCAAUUUUCCAUACAUACGGCGCUCUCACGCGAAGAUCAUACCAAGAAAGUUUACGUCCAAGAUUUAAUUCAAGACCAUGCGGACGAGCUGAAGGAGCUUAUUUUGAACCAGAAUGCGCAUGUUUAUGUUUGUGGCGACGCGUCACAGAUGGCGAAGCAGGUAUUCAAAGCAUUUGGAGAUAUCAUAGAUGGCUGUGUUCAACAGCCAAGCGACAAAUAUCUCAAGAGUAUGAAGGCAACAGGUAGAUGGUCUGAAGACGUUUGGUAA